AUGUUUGAAACUCAAUUAUCAAAUGUAAAAACAAAUUAUUUUAAAAUUGGACAUUUGAAACAAAUUCAUUAUUCCAUUUAUACAAUUCAAGAUAAUAAUAACAAUAAUAAUAAUAAUAAUAAUGACCAAGCUCUACUUGAAUUGGAAUUAUCAAUUCGUCAUCAAAAUCCUAAUAUAUUAAUAACUUACUAUAACAAAAGUUUAUUUUAUUUUAGUCUUGAUAAUAUUAAUGAAUUAGAAGAAGAAACUUUGAAUCUGAAAUUAUCAUUAAAACAUAAAGAUGUUGUUUCUGUCGAAAAACUUACAAAUCCUCCUAAAAUUUCAAAUGAUGAUUAUCUCGUAUUUGCAAAUGUUAGUUUUUUAAAGGCAAUUAAAAAAAUGAUACUUUAUAAUUUAUCAAUUAAAGGAAUAAUAAAAUUAUUUGGUAAUUAUUGUGUUUUUAGGAAUGAUGAUUUAAGUUAUUCAAUUAUUUGUAUUGAUCCUAUUUUACUUAAUAAUGGAGAUUUAAUAAUAUCAUGUUGUGAAAGAAAUUUAUUGAAAUUAUAUAAUUCUUCAUUAGCAAAUAAUUUAAAUAAUUCAAAUUAUGUUAUAUAUAUUAUUCCAAGUGGUAUAAGAUGUCAUUUAUUUGAUUCAACAAAUUUACAAAAUAAUUUUAUUGAUAAACCACAUUUUGAAAGUGAAAAACUACUACAUUUAUUAGAAUUAAGUACACAAUGUGAAUUAAAAGAUACAUUAUGGAUUAAAUUAAUACCAAAUUUAAAACAUUUAAAUAAUCAAACUUCAAUUAUUUCAAAAUUUAUACAUUCAGUAGAAAAUAAAAAAUAUAUAUUAUGGCCAUGGUGUCUUUGUUUAUUACAAUUUGGAUUAGAAGAAAAAAAAAUUAAUAAUAAUAAAAAUCAUAAACAAAAUGAAACAAAUCCAAGUCAUAUACUUUCAAAAUAUUUAGAUUUUAAUAUGAAAAGAAAUUUGGAAUCACCACCUACUCCUCAAUCCCCUUCACCGCCUUCAAUUAUAACAGAACAGACACCUUCAUUACAUCCUUCGGCACCAGCAACCAAUGGCUUAUCACUGAACUCAACAGCAGAUCAAACUAAUGAAUUUCCAGUUAAUAUGACAACACCUUUUGGAGCUGAUGAAUAUAAUUUACAAGUUUCGGAUAAUUUUUUCACAAAACCAGAAAAAUCUGAUGAUAUGGAUAUUGAUGAAUUAUUUGGAGGUGAAGAAGAAGAAAAUUCAAGUGAAAAAGAAUCAACUACUAAUGUAGUAGAAAAUAAUGAACAACAAGAAAAAAAUAUAGAUGAUUUAUUUGGAGAGGACCAAGAAGAAGAAGAAGAAGAAGAAGAAGAAGAAGAAGAAAUUAUAGAUAAUAAUACAGAACAGGUAACAUCAAUCAUUCAAGAAAAUCCUGAAGUAAUUGUGAAACUGGAUAAAAGAAAACUUCCUUAUAUUGAAGCACUAAAGAAUAAAAUGACAAUGAAACAAUUCACUCCAGAUUAUAAAGAUCCAGGUGCACCAGCUCCUGUAAAUCAAACUCCAAUGAUUAAUGUUAAUACCACUUUAUCGGGAAACAACACAGCAACAAUUAGCUCAACUGCAUCUGAUGAUGCCUCAUCAUCAACACCUAAACAAAAAUCAGCUUUUUCUCCCAUAGAAUUUAAUCCAAUUAUACAAAAGGAUAUAGAUAAUAAAUAUGGGAAAGGUGGGAAAUUUUAUUAUGACAAGGAUUGUGAACCUAUUGAAAAGUCAAUGAAAGCAACAAGAGUAGAGCAAGUUAGUUAUAAAAAUUCUAGUGAAUCAUCAGAUUCUUCUAGUGACGAUAGUGAUGAAGAUGAAGAUAAUAUACAAGAAACUAAUGAAGAGUCAUAUAUUCAAGUUGCUCAACCAGUACAUGAAUACAAUAAUACACAAAUUCCAACAACAAACCCAUUUUUUGGGUCACCGUUUACUAAUAAUAAGUUUGGUACCAAAACUGAAUCACCUUUUCCUUCAAGUGUAUUAAUGACUCCAAACUUUUUCGAGACCCCUCACAAUCAUCAAUCAUCAACAUCAUCAUCAAUUACUUCAGCUAAGGAAUUUGAAUUCCCAAAAGUUAGUGAAUCUUCUAACUAUCUACCGUUGAUUUUAAGAAAUGUUAACGUCUCAUCCAUACCAGAUUCUUAUUUGUUGAACAAUCUUUCAGCCCUUCCUUCUUUUUCAAUGAUGGAAGAAUAUUCUGAAAAUGAUUUAGAAAUAUCGCAUAGUAAUGAAAUGAUAACAAAGUCAAAAAACGUUAAAGAAUUACUUCAAUUUAUAUCAUCUAAUGUGGUAUUCGAUUUAGGAUUGAUGAAAAAUAUCACAAAAACCUCCGAAAUAGAGUAUCAGAUCCCUCCUUUUAGCUUUUUGGACAAGUUAAAAGAAACAUUCCCGCUUACUUAUCAAGUUUCUUUAAUUGAAUUUAUUCAUGAAAUGAAAAUUAAGGAAAAUGAGGAUCCUUUACAAAUGUUUGGAGAAGAGGAAUCUAUAAAUAAGAAAAUGAAGGACACAACUUGGAACUUCAUGGAAAAUCAACCAUUUAACUUUGAUCAAUAUAACCAGUACAUGUCAAAAUUGAAUAUCGCAACUCCAGUUGGAGAAACUGAAGUGUUCAAAACACCAGAAGUUAAAGUUAAAGUUGAAAAAAAUGGUAAUUUAGUAAAUCUUAAUAGCUUGAGUUUAGAAUUCUGGAAAUAUUUAAACUUCAAACCAAUAAAUGCCCCAAAAAAUUUCCAAAUUUUAAUUAUUGGAGAAUCUGGCCCUUAUGCAAAUGAAUUUUUAAAUAGACUAUUGGAUAAUUAUAAUGAAGGUCAUUUUGGUCACAUAUCCAAAUUAAAUUUAUCAACUGUGGAAACUAGACCAGAUUUAGAGCCAGUUUCUAAUGGAUUAUUGCUUUUAAAGUCUAGAACCAAUAAUAUUGAUUAUUAUACACAACUUAAUAAGAAAUUAAAUUCCUUAGUCGAAUUAAUCAAAUUGGAUUUAAUAAACAAAACCAAUAAUUAUGAAUUUGACAGACCUUUACUAUUAAUGUUUGUCAAUUUUGACUCAAAUUUCAAUUCAAUUCUUCAAAUAUCAAAAAUUUUGAGAAAUUUUAAAGUGGCAUUAACAAAUUAUCAAGUUCCAUUAGUUCAAAUAUUCACUAAGAUUGUACCAUCUUCGCUAAUUGCUAGAUCAGAGCAAUAUUUAAAAGUUUUCAGUAAUAAUACGUUAUCAAAAAUUUCAAUGAUGUUAUACAAUGAAUGCCCCAACAACAAUAAUAUUUUUGCACCAAUAGUAAGAGAACCCCCUUCAAAAAUUCAAUUCAAAUUCAUGAAUGGAAGUUAUCGUGAUAAUAAUAAUACAGAGGAUAGCUUUUUACAUAUAGCUUAUGAAAGAUCAAUUGAUAAAAAUUGGAUAGCAGCUGCAUGGUCUGAUCCUUUAGGACUCGUUACACAAACAAAAUCAUGGUAUUGUUCACAAUCAAAUCAUGAUAUUGGAUCGAUAGCUGAUGACAUUUGGAAUAUAUCUGCUGAUUUAUUUAAAUCUAUUGAUUCUCCAGGUGGUAAAAAAUUCUUAGUUUUAACAAGAAUUAAUAGUGUUAUACCAGAUGAUGAACUAGUUCAUUGGAAAAGAUUAAGUUUAAAAUAUAAGGAUAUUUCAUUAAUUGUUUUAUCGGUAAAUCGGUCAUCGAAAAUAAUAUUUACCAAAAAUGAUCCCGUUUCAGAGGAGUUCUUUUUAAGUGAUGGAGAUACAUCAAAUGCUGGAUCACUUCUAGUAACUUCACCAAAUGGGUUAGCAUUUCAUUCUCCUCAACAAUUUUUAAAUGCUCCAUCAAAUUUUUUAUCACCACAAGAUGCUCCAACGUAUACUGAGCCUGAUAUGGUUUUAAAAGAUGGAGGAGAGGAAAUUUAUGGAAUGAUACCAAAGAUACAAUUGCCAUCUUUUAAUUCCCCAAGUAGAGCGAGUAUGAAAGUAGGUUAUUUGAUUAAAGAAUAUUCAAAUGAUCAACUUAUGACUUUUGAAGUAAAUGUUUUAAGUUGUUCAAAUUAUUGGAAUUUAGAUUCAUUAAUGAGGAUUAUUUUAAUGCAAUAUAAAAAAUUAAUAAUAUUAAAUAACAUUUUGGGGGUUACAGAUAAUACUCAAUCAGUUCCAUGGCAUAUAAAUGCGGUUGGUAAACUCUUGGAUUAUUUGAUUCAUAUAUAUGUUGAUGAAUGA